AUCUAUACCUGUAUCAAGACCUGAAAGGGAGCUUGCCUGCUACUACAAUGCCUCACUUAACACCACAACAACUGCUCGCCGAGCUGGAAGUUUUCGCUUUACAGCCACCAAAUGAGGCUUUGGAGGACGCCGAUGUCCGGGCCAAACUCUAUGCCUUGUUCGAUAAGGCGAAGAAAUCACUGGAGACUCCGACCGAGUUGGUCACUAGAUUGCUGUUGUCUCAGCAUGUCGAAGGCACGGUGAUCGACGUUGCUCUAGAUCUAGAAUUAUUCUCCAAGCUGGAAGAGGAAAAUGGUAGCACCAAGCUUAAGACUUUGGCAUCGUCUAUCAAGGUGGAACCCGCGCUUCUUAAACGACUUUUGCGUGCUCUAGCAGCAUUUGGUGCUGUCCAAGAAGUUGAGCACGAUGGCUAUAGGCUAUCGCCGUCGCACUCCAUACUGGCAAAUACUGACUUCGGUCAUGCAGUGGUUACUGUGUCUGAAAUUCUCCACCCUACUUACCAAGCCCUACCUCAGUACCUGAAGUCAAGAAAUUACGCGACGCCAACCGAUCCCAAGAACACCGUAAUCCAGCAGGUCUUUGGGAUUAAAGACAAGGACAUGAUGAGCCUUGUUUUGGAAAAGCCCGAUUGGGCACGCGGUUUUGGUAUGCUCAUGAGCACAUGGGGCGAGAGCCAUGCUUUGCUCCAGCAUCUAUCUCCUGUCAAGGAAAGGCUUGUGGCGGGUUUCAACGCCGAUAUCAAUCCGGUAUUGUUUCUGGAUGUCGGCGGUGGAUACGGUCAGAAGUCCAUUGCUCUCCGGCAGGCAUUCCCCGACCUCCCAGGCAAAGUCGUCGUUCAAGACAUGCCCGUGUUCAUUGAUACUGCGCCAGUUGUGGAGGGGAUUGAUUUUACUGUCCAUGACUUCUUCACGGAACAACCUGUCAAAAGCGCAAAAGCGUAUUAUAUCCGGCAGUGUCUACAUGAUUGGCCGGACGAAGCUUGCGUGAAGAUAUUAAGCAUGCUUCGACCUUCUCUAAAACCGGGUUACUCCAAACUUCUUAUUCACGAAUUGAUAGUACCCGAUACUAGCGCCAGUACAUGGGCCGCUGUGCAGGAUAUCAACAUGAUGAGUAGGCGUUAA